AUGUCAGUCCCGUUAAGAUCAGCACAUCGGCCCCACGCUGUUCUCUGCCACUGCUUUCCGUGCUUAAAUCUCAGUAGUUGUCGUAAGAAACGAAGAACGUGUUGGAGUUGUUACAGACCCGAAGAAAUCCCUGUAGAAGCUCUCACUAAAAUGGGUCGCAAAGAGGCUGACUAUGAAUGGAAGAAGAUCACUGAUAAUAUUGAAGAAGUGUUUGACAUCCUGGAGGUGCUGGGAUCAGGCGCAUUCUCUGAGGUCUUCAUGGUGAAGGAGAGAAAAACUGGGAAGCUUUUUGCCAUGAAGUGUGUGAAGAAAAAAAGCAAAAGAGAUGUGAGCUUGGACAACGAGAUUGCUGUGUUGAGAAGGAUCAAACAUGAGCAUGUUGUGGGGUUAGAAGAUUUCUAUGAAAGUCUGACACAUUACUACCUCAUCAUGCAGCUUGUUUCAGGUGGUGAACUGUUUGACCGGAUCUUGGACAGGGGGACGUAUUCCGAGAAAGAUGCUAGUCUAGUUAUCAGACAGGUUCUGGAGGGUGUCAAUUAUCUGCACAAUAAUGGCAUAGUGCACCGUGAUCUCAAGCCAGAGAAUCUGCUGUACUACAGUCAGGAUGACAACUCCAAAAUAAUGAUCAGUGAUUUUGGCCUUUCCAAGAUGGAGGACAACGGCAUCAUGUCCACAGCGUGUGGUACUCCAGGCUAUGUGGCUCCCGAGGUACUGGCUCAGAAACCCUACAGUAAAAUAGUGGACUGCUGGUCUGUUGGAGUCAUCACCUAUAUCCUUCUCUGUGGCUAUCCUCCUUUCUAUGAGGAGUCUGAGACUCGACUCUUCUCUAAGAUCAUGAAAGCCCAGUACGAGUUUGACUCUCCCUUCUGGGAUGACAUCUCAGAGUCCGCAAAGGACUUUAUCCGCAACAUGAUGCAGAAAAAUCCUAAAUUGCGCUGCACAGCAGAGCAAGCUCUUAGACAUCCUUGGAUCAUGGGUAACACAGCCCGAAGCCAGGAUAUUUACCACUCUGUCAGCAUGCAAAUCCAAAAGAACUUUGCCAAGUCCAAGUGGAAGCAAGCCUUCAAUGCUACAGUGGCCAUCAAUCAUAUGAAGAGGCUCCAUCUUGCCCACUGUGUCAAACAGAGCCAGACUCCACCUCAGCCACCUGACAUCAAAGUCACAUCCACAUCUAGCCCCAAAGCAGAGUGCAAGAACCUGGCCUCCGACAAUCUGGAAGCCAACAACGGCUUGCCAUCAAGCGGUCACAUAAAUGUCCCUGCUGGUCCUACAGAUGUGAAGGGUCAAUACAUGUCCCUGAAGGUCAGCCCCAGGGAAAUCACCCAUGCUGGGACCCUCACAGUGGUCAAGAAGAGCAAGCAUGUGUACCUCUCCGAACCAGCGAAUCUAAACGGGUAUGGAAGGACAGAUACAAUACGCAUUGGUGAAAAAUUUCAAACAGGCGUCUGUUCCAUUAUGUGACCAGUAAGAGAGGCACCGUGAGGACAUUUUAAUAGGUCUGGGACCUGUUUCUCACUGGCAGCUUGAUGUGGGCACAUCCUGCCGCUUCCAGCCCUGGCUUGGAAUGUUUACAAGGCAGUUGACCUGUUGCCUGUUGCCCAUUCUGAUACUGCUGAGGUUCAAUGCCUCCAUACCAUCACUCACAGAGACACACAUGCAACGCGCACG